AUGUUUUCUUUCAGCUUGUCCUGGCUGGAAACUUAGUGAAGGAUCAUGGGUAACACAGGUGACCGGAUGUCCGGCGACCGCCAUGGCGCCAAGGCCCAUCGCUCUGACAGCAGAGACAAAGACCACGAGCCCAGCAAGAUGGUGGACAGCACCGAUGACCCUAACAUCUUCAACACACACGGACUGGGGUCCUCCAAGGUACCUCUGCUCUGGAACAUAGGAUAUUUGGGGCAGGGGCAUAAACACCAUCAUACUAAACAGUUGCAUCAACAACAGAUGGGGGGGGGGGGGGUACAUUUCCAGUGCAGAUUAAGGAGAAGAGAAGUAGAAGCCAUAUUAGCCAAGUGAGAUAAACCCUGGCUCUUUCUCAAUUCAUCUUUAUCGAUUCCUCUCUCCUCGCCUCCUCAAAACCCACUGGAGAAGAAGGUCCAAUGUGAGGGACCUUGGACCUUUUCCUCCAAUACAGCUAACAAGGAGGCAAGGAGAUAAUAUGUGAGGAAUCACAAGAAGAGUAAUUGAGAUAGAGCCCCUGUCAUUCCCACAUUGUGAUUUAAACUGAGUUUAUUUUCUCCCCAAAGGUGUCGGACAAGGAGGAGCCUGACCUGGAUGACCUGGUGAAGACAGGGCCUCAAUCCAGGCCCACGGUCAUCCGCUGGGCCGGAGGAGGGAAGGAGGUCUACAUCGCUGGCUCCUUUAACAACUGGGGCAACAAGAUCCACCUCAAUAAGAGGUAGGGGAGGGGAAAUUAGAGGAGGAGGAGAGGAGAGACACUGGCCCUGUCCUGCACACUGUAUUGCUGUUAUACUAUUUUAUUAGUGACAACAUUUUGACACAGUUAAUAGUGCACUAACAGUGUAUUAACACAGUAUUUCUUCCCCAAGCCACAAUGACUUUGUAGCUAUCCUGGAUUUACCAGAGGGAGAGCACCAGUACAAGUUCUUUGUGGACGGACAGUGGGUCCAUGACCCCUCAGAGGUAAACCCUACAUAGGGCUCUGGCCUAAACUAGACUACUAGAUUUAUUUUAAAAAAUUGCCAGUUAAAAAAAUACAUAUACACACAGUAUAUCCAUUUUAAAAACGUGACAGGGAUAACACAAUAAAGUCAGUGACUUAUUUUCAAAACCUGAACAUAUAAAGGUUGAAUAAUAUAUUCCAAAUACAACAUUGCAGCUAUUUGCAGCCAUGUGUUUUGGGAUCCAUCCACACAGUUUAUUUGUUAUUAACCCUUUAUAACUCCAUAUUAACCCUGCUAUAACACUCCCUCCUGCAGCCAGUGGUGACCAGCCAGUUGGGCACCAUCAACAACCUGAUUGAGGUGAAGCAGUCAGACUUUGAGGUGUUUGAUGCUCUGCAGGUGGACUCUCUGGAGUCUACUGACACCUCAGGUCAGUAGAGGCUCUAAUCCUCUGUUGUCCCUUUGGGGUAAACUGGCAUAGCCUUAUCUGUAUGUGAUUGGAUAAGAGAAGGCAGGGUUGUCAUCCUCUGUUGUCCCUUUGGGUUAAGCAUAGCCUUGUACUGACCAAGAGGUGCCAAUUUAAGGUCAUGCAAGUUUGGGCCAAGUUUCCUUCCUCACGGUAAUCACUGAUCUGUACAUGAUUGGGUAAGAGAAGGCAGGUUUUCCAUCCUAUCACCGUUCAAGCCUUUUCAGAUCAGUGAUUACUUCAAGGAAGGAUGUAAUAUUUAAUCCUGAUCAGGUGUUUAGGAUAAGUUAUGUAAGUUGAUGAAAACCCAAGAAAUCAGUCACCAUUUGAGAGUAUAUGAAUGACAUGCUGUGUGUGUGUCAUUGUGUGUCCUUAGAUCUGUCCAGCUCCCCUCCAGGUCCCUAUGGACAGGAGCAGUACAUAUUCAGGCCUGAGGAACGCUCCAAAGCCCCUCCCAUCCUCCCCCCACACCUCCUCCAGGUCAUCCUCAACAAGGACACUAACAUCUCUGUGAGUUUCUUUCUGUUUCAGUCUCUCUCUCCCUCAUCUUCUGUUAUCCUAUCUCUCUCUCUCAAUUUUUGAAAUCAAUUUGCUUUAUUGGCAUGAUGUAACAAUGUACAUAUUGCCAAAGCUUACUUUGGAGAUUUACAAUAUUAACAUAAUUAAAAUAAAAGUAAUAAAUAUUGUCAACGGGACAACAGUAACAACAAUCAAGGGUAAAAAAACAUACAUUGAACAAUAACAAUGGAAUAGAGGACAUGUGCAGGUUGGUUGGUCUGUCAGACACUGUUCCUCAUCUUAUGGCAGGCAGCAAUGUAGUGCGCUGCCAACCCACAACUCUCUGCGUCCUCCCCCAACAAGACGGGUAGCCUGAGUCCUCCCCCAACAGGACGGGUAGCCUAUUCUCAUCAGAGAGGCCUUUGAAACCUUGAAAAACUGUUUCAAAUUUGGGGAAAUGACACUCUCUAAUUGUUUUAUAUUUUUUACAUUUUGUCAGGAAAUGCAGCUCUGUCUCGUGUUCUGCUGUGGUGCAGUGGUUGCAGGGAGCCAGGUUUUCCUGUGUCUACCCUUCUCAAGUGCAAGGCUGUGCUUACUGAGCCUAUACUUUGUCAAGGUUUUUCUAAGGUUUUGAUCAGUAACCAUGGUCAAAUAGUUAGCCACGGUGUACUGUUGAUUGUACUUCCCAAAAAGUAAUGUAUUUUUCUUUUGACUGUGUUGUAAUUUGGUUUAUUCUGAUUCAUUGGUUGUUCUGGUCCUGAGGGUUCAGUGUGUUAGUAGAACUCCGCCCCAGGACCAGCUGGGUGAGGGGACUCUCUCUCUCUCGUUCUCUCGCUCUCUCUUCUUCUUUCUCGCCCUCUCUGUCUCUCUCUUUCUCUCCAAUUUCACAUUUCAAUUUAAGGGCUUUAUUGGCAUGGGAAACGUAUGUUAACAUUGCCAAAGCAAGUGAAGUAGAUAGUAAACAAAAAUGAAAUAAACAAUAAAAAUUAACAGGAAACAUUACACUCAGAAGUUCCAAAAUAAUAAAGACAUUUCAAAUGUCAUAUUAUGUGCAAAUAGUUAAGGUACAAAAGGGAAGAUAAAUAAACAUAAAUAUGGGUUGUAUUUACAAUGGUGUUUGUUCUUCACUGGUUGCCCUUUUCUUGUGGCAACAGGUCACAAAUCUUGCUACUGUGAUGGCACACUGUGGUAUUUCACCCAGUAGAUAUGGGAGUUUAUCAAAAUGGAGUUUGUUUUUGAAUUCUUUGUGAAUCUGUGUAAUCUGAGGGAAAUAUGUGUCUCUAAUAUGGUCAUACAUUUGGCAGGAAGUUAGGAAGUGCAGCUUUUCUCUCUCCCUUAUCUUCUCUCUCUCUUUCUCUCUCUCUCUCAUCUUCUCUUAUCUUCUCUCUCCCUUAUCUUCUCUCUCUCUUUCUCUCUCUCUCUCUCUCAUCUUCUCUUCUCUCUCCCUUAUCUUCUUUCUCCCUUAUCUUCUCUCUCUCUCUCUGUUCUUCUCUUUCGCUCUGCCAUAUGUGUGUUGUAAAUUCCCAUUUGGAACCGUCUUGAUUACUCAUUCGUCUUCUCUCUUUUCCUCUCCAACAGUGCGACCCAGCCUUGCUGCCUGAACCCAACCAUGUGAUGCUCAACCAUCUUUAUGCUCUCUCAAUAAAGGUACUGUAGGAGGGCACCAACAUCCUCCAUCCCACUUCUUACUGCAAUACUUAUGGAUUGAGUAAUAGUCCCUUCCAUAGCAUAACAUAGCAUUAGUGUCUGUCUGUCUGUCUGUCUGUCUGUCUACUCUUUGUAGCUCAGUUGGUAGAACAUGGCGCUUAUAACGGCAGGGUAUUGGGUUCGAUUCCCGGGACCACCCAUAUUUAAAAUGUAUGCACGCAUCACUGUAAGUCGCUUUGGAUAAAAAGCUUCUGCUAAAUGGCAUAUGUUAUCUUACUAUCUCGCUCACUCUCUCUCUCUCUCACUCUCUCUCUCUGUCCUCUCCCUCAGGAUGGAGUGAUGGUGCUCAGUGCAACUCACAGAUAUAAGAAGAAGUACGUCACAUCUUUGCUAUACAAGCCCAUCUAACCUGUGUGUGUAGGUGCACAGUACUAUAGAGGGCAGCACUGGGUUGAACCAUGACGUGUAGUUGAGAUUGGACUAAACUAACAGUUUACAGAAGAGCUGAGGGCCUGUGGCUGAGACUGGGGGCAAAUCUCAUAAGACACCCUUUUCCCUUUAGAUUGCACUACACACUACACUUUAGCGCUCCACAGAGGGCUCAAGGUAGUGCACUCUAUGUGGAAUAGGGUGUGAUUUGAGCCUCAGCCUGUGACUCUCUCACAAGGAAAAAUACUGUAAGUGUACUGUGGCAUUUUCCCAUAAUGCACCCACAGUUGAAUAGCAAUAAGAAAAGGGACUGAGAAAGAAACCACUGUGUGUGUUUGUGUGUGCAGCACUUAGGCUGCGUUUAUACAGCCAGCCCAAUUCUGAUCUUUUUUCCACUAAUUG